UUUAGGGAUGGAGUCGACCUCUCUGGAUGAUGUUCUCUAUCGUUACGCCAGCUUCCGAAACCUGGUGGAUCCCAUCACCCACGAUCUGAUCAUCAGCCUGGCGAGAUACAUCCACUGCCCCAAACCGGUUUCUUUUGGCACCAAGGGCUGUGGAGGAGGCAGUGCCAGGGUAAGCAGGGAGAUGCAAAGUCCUCAUUCCUCUGCUCAGCCCUGUGAGGCACAUCUGGACAGCUGUGUCCAGUUCUGGGCUCCUCAGGACAAGAAGAGCUCCUGGAUCAGGGCCAGAGCAAGGGGACAAAGAGGAGGAAGGACCGGAGCAUCUCUGACAAGGAAAGGCUGAGGGAGCUGGGGCUGUUCAGCCUGGA